UUUCCCCACCGGAUUAAUGAAUACUGACCCUCAAUUCCACUUCCCGAAGAUAAGGAAGGAGAAGCUCUCAGGGACUCUAAAACAUGUACCCUUGUUUGAGUUCAUAUCAGACAAAGUAAAUGCGCGGUGAACUAUAAUCCGUGGAAAUUCACACUGAAAUACAUUUGUUAGGGUUUAAGGUACUAGCUACCCCUCUGGAAAUUGAAAAAUGCUUGCGGCCAAUCCCCGUCAACCCCGGGAAAUUCAAACUUUGAAACCGUUGAGGUUCUCGGCCAAUCAGGAGCGGAGGCUUUUCCUAUAAAUGCUGCCGCCAAGGGGCUUUCUUCACACUGUUCGGUCUGCGUUCUGAGAAUCUUGUGUGCGUUCUUGGCGUACUGCGUGAGAAAACAGUAUGGCUCGUACCAAGCAGACCGCUCGUAAGUCCACUGGAGGAAAAGCUCCUCGCAAGCAGCUGGCUACCAAGGCUGCUCGGAAAAGCGCCCCUGCCACGGGUGGCGUGAAGAAGCCUCACCGCUACCGCCCUGGUACCGUAGCCCUGCGGGAGAUCCGCCGCUAUCAGAAAUCGACUGAGCUUCUUAUUCGCAAGCUCCCUUUCCAGCGUCUGGUAAGAGAAAUUGCUCAGGAUUUCAAGACUGAUCUGCGCUUCCAGAGCUCCGCUGUCAUGGCUUUGCAGGAAGCUAGCGAGGCUUACCUGGUGGGCCUCUUUGAAGAUACCAAUCUGUGUGCUAUUCAUGCGAAGAGAGUCACCAUCAUGCCCAAAGACAUCCAACUGGCACGCCGUAUUCGGGGGGAGAGGGCUUAAUUUCCUUCCCACCAGUGCUGUUCAAAGCAACCCAAAGGCUCUUUUAAGGGCCACC